UCUAAAGAAAGGUGAAGCUAAACAAAAGGAUAGAUGAAAGUAAAACAUUCACAGAAUUAUGCGUGAAUUAUAAAUAAAUGCUAUAUAAUUGUUUAUAAUGAAAGUUUAUAAUUAGGUGUACCAUAGUGCUACAGUAUACUUGGUUCCAUUCAAACUACUAAAUACUAAGUACAAUGCAUCGUGUAAUGGUGGCCAUCAUGAGCAAUAAUUAUAAUGGAUAUUGUCACAAAAGUUAUCAAGUACCUAAUAGAAAACAUUAAUAGUGUGUGUAGUGUAUAUAAACAUCUUACUCGGCGCAAUAUGUAAAUUGAGUGGUACAUUGUAGUGUGAGUGUGUGCAAAUUCUAGUGUAAAUAAUCGGCCAUACGAUGGCCCAGAAUCAAGGGGAGAUUCAAGUGACACCGAAUCAACCCGUAAAUAAGGAUAAAGACAUAUAUGCGUGCCUUCCUGAUAUUCGUACAAAUGGUCCGCUUGGACCUGAUGAAGCGUGCCCUGGUGGGGAAGAGUUGCGAUGGUUGCCUGCUCAGGCUACAGACAGGGACUUGGUUAUGUAUUUAAGAGCAGCUCGAUCUAUGGCGGCAUUCGCUGGUAUGUGUGACGGAGGCUCCCCGGAUGAUGGAUGUGUUGCAGCCAGUAGGGAUGACACUACUAUUAAUGCUCUGGAUGUUCUUCAUGACUCUGGUUAUGAUCCUGGUCGAGCUUUACAAGCAUUGGUCAAAUGUCCUGUCCCAAAAGGAAUUGAAAAGAAGUGGACUGAGGAAGAAAGUAAAAGGUUUGUCAAAGGAAUCAGGCAGUUUGGUAAGAAUUUUUUCAAGAUUAAAAAAGAUUUAUUACCUCAUAAGGAUACAUCAGAACUAGUUGAAUUUUAUUAUCUUUGGAAAAAGACACCUGGUGCUAGUAGUAAUAGACCUCACAGAAGACGACGACAGGCAUUAAGGAGGGUUCGUAAUACUCGAAAUUCUAGAGCAGGAACCCCUAAGGAACAAACUCCCGAGGUGGCACCUCCAACACCAGAAACAAAUGGUUCUAGGCCUUCAUCAAACCCAAAAGAGGCUGGUGAAAUGAGUUCAGUUACAGAAGAUGAAAACUCUGAGGAUGAUAGUGAUUCCAGAGAAGCUGCAGACCUUGCAAAGAUUGAAAAUGGCCGUAGCAGUGAUAAUCCUGAGGAUUCACCCAGUAGAAUGCGAACUCGGAAUAAAUCUAAGGAGCAAAAUACACCAAAUGGUAAAAAGGCUCAAGAUGAGAGUGACAAUGAUUCAAAAUCAAAGAAAGUCCCUAAAGUAACACCCCCAACAAUUGUAAAUACAGCUAGUAAUGAAACAACAACUAAAGUUCCAACUUCUCCUGUUUUCAAGGAUGUUAAAAAGAAAGUAGCUGUAGCAACAAAUGGCAAAGUAGACGUUUCGAAAGUUAAGAAGCGUCUACCAGAUGACACUAAACCUGAUGGAAUUAUGGAUGGUGAUGUUCAAAUGAAGAAAAAGAAGGCUGCUGAGCCGCCAGAAAGUCCUUCAGAGAGUCUGACAAAUGAUAGCUUCCCUGCAAUGGAUGAGACAGAACCUGUAGAGACAGAACCAGAAGCAUGUGAUUAUAGCUUUUCAAAGAAUGAUAAAGAGAAUAUUGAACAGAAUAAAGAACCUGAGCCAGAACUUAUAAAAUCAACAGAAGUACAAAUAAAAGUGGAACCAAUUGCCGAAACUAUUAUAAAAAUGGAAAAGGAUCCUUUGCCACCCAUAUUUAAAAUUGCACAAGAUAUAGAUGAUAGAUCUGCUUUAGAUCUGAAAACAGAUUCAAAUGUGUUAAAAUCUCAAGAUAAUCUUGAACUCAGGCCAGCAACAGUUUUCUCUAAAACAGAACUUAUUAUACCAAAGGUAACUCCGAUGUCUGUUGAAGUAAUGGAAAAAAUUAAAAUUAAAGAAGAAAUAGAUACAGAAGAACAUGGUUUAAAUCUUCAAAAGGAUGAAUUCAUAAAAGAUCCACUUUCACAUGGCUACUCCGGGCAUUCAGUUGGGCCUCCUAGUAAACCAUUAAAUUUGGAGAAUACAAAUUUCUUUGUUAAAGAUAGUCAUAUAUAUAAUCAAAAGUUGAGCCACAGUAUAAAAAUAGAGGGAGUUCCCAAUUCACUAUUUAAUCCUGUAAAUAUUGGAAAGGAGAGUAAUUCAAUUAUUCGAAGUGCAAAGGAUUUUACAGGGGGCAUGCCUCCAUUUUCUUAUCCAUCGAAUAUUAAUUAUGCUGGUGACCCCAAUAAACAUGGUGGUUUAAUAAAUCCACUUAAAACAGUUAUUAAAUUGGAACCUAGAGAAGAAACAGGUGAAAUAAAGAACCAGAAUACACCUGAGAUUUUUACCGCAACAAUAUCUGCAAACAAAGUUGAUUCUCCAAAUACGCCAAGACUGGAAGCUUUGCAAAGAAUUAGUCCAUCUCCAACAAAUUUACGAGGUUCAUCACCACCACAUAUGGAGCAUCCUUCAGUAAAUAAUACCGAACCAAUUUCCCCUGCUAAUACACAAGAAAUGAAGUCACAGGAAACUGAGAUUGAUGAUAAACAACAACCUACAGAUUUGAAAACGCAGCCAAUGCAAAAAUCAGAAAAUCAAAAUAGCAGUUUUCGUCCACCUGGUUAUCCAUCUACUAUUCGACCAGAUAGUCUCAAUGUUAGACCAUCAGAAGCAUCUGUUAUACCUGUAUCAGCACAAAGUAUGCCACCAUCUGCUCUGAGUCAACCAACAAUAUCUGGACUACUUCCCCCUGGACCUAUUAUAUCUGUAGGAAGUGCAGGAUCAAAUGUGGGACCAUAUGGUUUUAUCCCAGCUUCUUUGUACCCACAUCCCGGACUUGAAAAACCAAAUACAAUGCCACCAUUAAUUCACCAAAUACCAUCAUCCCAUCUUGGAGCUAAUAUGAUUCCACAGUCAAAUCAAAAUGAUCCAUCUAUGCCACAAGAUCUGAAAAUCAAACAAGAAAUACCAGAUAAUGUUCCAGCCAAUCUAUCAACUCAGAGCAUGUCAGAUCCAUUACAGUCUUUGAAAGAGGUCAAAGUACCUGGUUAUCCAAUAGGAAGUGCUAUAGCGCAGCAUUUGAGCUCAGAAAGAGAUAGGGAAUCUAUAUCAAGUGUUGAAAAUAGUAGUCGGCCUCCAAGCCAACCAGCAAAUGAUUCUUCAAACUUGACAAGUGGAUACCUUGGACCAAGAAUAGACAGCAUUAAAAAGGAACCAGAUUUUCUUCAUCAACCACAUAUUACCCCUGUAUCCAAUAGUCAAAGCUUAGGAUCAGAUUCUUCUCAUACUGCACCACCUGUUAAGAGCCCUCAUACUCCUACUCCAAUAAAGAGUCAACCAAGCCAUGGACAUCCACAUCCUUCUACAACAACAUCACCAUUUUCAAGGCAUUUGACCAGUCCUUCUCAAGCAAGGCAAAUAUCUGCAUCACCAGUACAGCCAAAUACUCCAGUUUCACACUCUGCUUUAAAUUUAAUGAAUCCAAGUCCUCUCUCAAUUCCUGCAACAAUACCAGGCCCAGUUAUGCAUUCAAGCCAACAACCAGGACAUCCCCAUCCACAUCCAUUUGCAUCUCCACUUCACCAUCCUCACCACCCAUUACUUCAUCCUUCAUCAAUAUUUCAACUUUCAGCUGCAGCUGCUGCUCAUGCUAUGCAUCCAUACUAUUCUCACCCUCACCCUGGCUACUCAAUGCCAUAUCCAUAUCCAUAUGGCCCAUUACCUCAACCACACCCUAUACCUCCCAUGCACCCCUCAGUUAGCACUCCUGGACGUCAUGAACCAGUGAAACCAGCUACAAUUGAGUCUACAACUAUGUUAAGUGCUCAUCAUAGUACGAGUUCUUCAGUCACAACAAGAUCAUUGCGUGAAAUAUCAGAGACAACUGAUGAUCCAAGACAUCCAAAUGCCACAACAGAAAGACAUCAACUACAUGAGACUACUUUGACUCAUCAUCACUCAACGAGUCAUCAUAGUUCUGUGCAUACAAGUUCUGAAAAACAACCCAAUCAUGGAGGAGGCACUAAUCACACUCUCUCCAUUUCACAUUCAACAUCAAGCAGUUCUUCUCAAUCCAUACAACAUAAAAUAAAUACACAACAGAAGAGCAGUUCCCACUCAAGUUCACCACAUCAUUUAUCAGGUAGUGUGUCACAGUCAACAAGUUCAUCAUCUAGUGUGAAUGUAACAAACAAUCACACUCAUCAUCAUUCGCAUCAUUUGGCUCAUCACCCUGAGCGUUUGUCACCGGCGGACUCAAUGCUACUACGUCAUCAUCCAAAGAUGCUCCCAGGAAAUCCUAAUCAUCUUAUGAUACAACCGCCUUCAAUGGGACAUCCUAUGGGUCUAGGAAUGGCACCCGGUCCAGGACCCAGUUCAAUAGAAAGCUUAAGGUUACAUGCUCAGGCUGCAGCUAGUCUUCAAUCAGCGCACAAUCGAUCAGGAUCCCCUCAUCAACUUGGUCAUGGGCAUCCUCAUUUACGGGGACCACCGCGGCAUAUUCCGGAAGACAAUUCAGAUUUAAAAUUAGAAACUCAAUCACAGCCUGAAGAAGAGGAAAUACCGAGUCCAGCUCACAUUCCCCAUGGACCUAGCCCUGAGCCCAAAAUUGAAGAUACAGAAUGUCAUCGAUCACAAUCAGCAAUAUUUCUACGACAUUGGAAUCGCGGUGAUUAUAAUUCCUGUACACGCACUGACCUUAUUUUUAAACCAGUUCCGGAAUCAAAGCUUGCACGUAAACGAGAAGAGCGUUUACGAAAGCAAGCAGAGAGAGAUAGAGAGGAAAGGGAGAAAAUUGCUCAACAAGCACAUAGGAAAAUAGCCACUCCAGAAAAACCAGAUACAAAACCACCAUCAAGAGGUGCAAUUGAAACUAUCACUUCUCCAUAUGACAGAUUCCCUCGACCUCCUGGCUAUCCAGAUUCUCCUUCAUUGCGACAGCUUUCUGAUUAUGCUAGACCUCAUGCCGGCUUCAGUCCUGGAAAUCUACCAAGACAUUGCAUGGAUCCCAUGCUGCAAUACCAAUUGAGUUCUAUGUAUGGUGCUGCUGGCGCGAGGGAGAGGCUCGAGUUAGAACAUCUUGAGCGAGAAAAAAGAGAUAGAGAGAUAAGAGAGUUGAGGGAGCGGGAAUUAAACGAUAGAUUGAAGGAAGAAAUACUUAAAAAUAAUGUGGGUACUCGUGGUUUGGAUCCACAUUGGCUGGAGAUGCAUAGGAGAUAUGGAAUGCCGCCACCGCCGCCGCAAGGUGCGAUCCCUGUUCAGUUCGGAUUGUAUCCGCCUGGCCACGGACCUGCUGCGCUGUCUCAGUUGGAGCGAGAGCGAUUGGAGAGGCUGGGCAUUCCACCGGGGGGUGCCGGCGGGCCCCCGCAGUCGGUGCCCGUGUCAGGGGCACCUCCACAUCAUCCACACCAUCCGCAUCCAGGUGUGGCUGCAGCACAACUGGAAGCAGCCGAGAGGUUAGCGCUCGCCGCUGACCCUAUGGUCCGACUGCAAAUGGCUGGCAUUAAUCCCGAGUACCACGCGCAUACUCACGCCCAUACGCACGCACACUCUCAUACACACCUACACCUACACCCCGGCCAGCAAGCCGCGCAGGCGCAGCAGGAUGCGUUGAGUCUAGGUCUCGGUGCGGGCGCGCCCUACAGGCCGCUGCCUCAUCCCGACCUCCUAGGCCGGCCCUACGCCGAGCAGUUGGCGCAACAGGCGGCCGCUCACGAGCAACUACAACGACAGCUGUUGCUAGAACGCGAGCGAGGCUUCUUGCAUCCCGCGCACCACGAAGACUUCCUGCGGCAGCAACGUGAGCGCGAGCUCAAGGUCCGUGCGCUGGAGGAGGCCGCUCGAGCGUCACGGCCGUAGUAUUCCGCACGCCCUAAGCCCGACAACGACGUAGUGUUGAUCGAGUGAAGGACGUAAACGUAUGCCUUGUACUAUUUAAUCAUAGAUUUUAAAGUGUUCACGCGAUUGUGAAGCGAAGAGAAGGACCCAACUUUAUUUUAACAAGUGACGAUACCUGUAAUUUAUAUUUAUAACUAUUUAAGUUUCAUAAUAUUUUUAUAAUGGCAUGGUCGUGUAAUACGCUUAGUCUCCAUGCUCAAAAGUUUAUUUUAUUACUAGUCAUAACUAAAAUUUAUUUGUAGAAAAGCAUAGUAAUAAUGGAGUGCUGUUAGUUUCAAUUAUUGUUUUAUAUGCUUGAUGACGGUAAGGGUGCUGGCGAGACAUCCAUGUGAGGCACAUGGUUACAGCUAUCAUUGAAUAGUCUCAAACUUUUUUAUGUUCAUGACAUAAUAAUAAUUUAAGUGGUAUUUAGGACAUCAGGAACAACUGUACUGAUUCAGUGUCAUAAUCAGUUUUAGUGUUUCCUUCACCAUGGCUUGUUACUUUAGUACUGUUUGAUAAAUAUUUAUAUUUACAUAUCAGUAAUUAAAAUAGUGCAGUUUUUAUUCAGUGAUUAUGUUAAGCAUAAAAAGAGUUGUUUUUUUUCUAUUCAAUUAUAACCAUGAAUUGGUAAUAUAAUUAUUGUGAGAAAAUGUUGAUUUUUAAUGUUAAUUAAGGGUACUUUAAACUAAUUGGAGAUUUGAGAUUAUUUAUUAUCACAUUAAAUUGAGUUGUUUCUAGGAUUGCCAAUUAUGUUAUGAGUCUAUACAUAGGGAGUAUAUGUGUUAAAUUAAAAGUAAUUUAUGUUAAGUAUAUUGCACAAAUUCAUUUAAGAGUACCUAUGAUCUUUUGAAAUGCUUGAACAUAAAAUUAAAUUGUACAACGAUCAUUGAGAUGUAUACAAUUGUAUCUAUGUAAUAUUGUAACAAUUAUAAAACAAAAAGGUACUUUAUAUAAUUAUAUUUGUAUGUGACUAACAGCUGUUUUCAAUAACUUAUCUAUCCUUAGUUUAACUUACUAGAGGUAGACAAAUCUAUCCUUUUAUGCUUACUUACAUUUCAAUAGACAGAUAAAGUUGGAGUAUAACUAAUACCAAUAUAACUUAUAUUGGACAUAACUAUGGAUAAAUAAGAUCUUGUCAUAAAACGGUGAUAGCAAUAUAUCCAUAUCUAGAGAUAUGUUAUUGAAAACGGCCAUAUUGGCAAUCAUAGUUCAGAAAAUGUACUUUAAUUUUCAAUAUUAAAAUAUAUACAAUUAUUGUAGAUUUUGUACAAUCCCUAAAUAUAACAUGUACAAUAUUAUUUUUUUAGAUAUUUAUUUAUUCCCAAAUGAAUGAUGUUUAUCUAAGCAAACAACAAAUUCCACAUAAUCAGAAUGUAAUAAUUAUUUGACACAUAAAUAUAUACUAAUGGUAGUAUGUCAAACAAGAGAUUUCAAAUACAAGCAGGGGAUAUUAUAAAUAGGGUUGUAAUUCUAAUAGGUAUCUGGAAUAGGCUUACUAAUUUGUUUUAUUAAUUCUCAGAACAUCAGUUUAACUAUUAUUUGACUUUCAUGAUCUGGUUUUGAGCAGAAAAGUGCAUUUGGGACAAGAUAAAGAAUACCUUGUGGUUAUUAGGAAUAUGUUGUUCAACAUCUAUUAAAGUGUUUAUAAAUUUUGUAAAAUAUCAAUUUCUAAACAGUUGUUAUACACACGGAGUAAUAAUAAUUCUGCACUGUUGUAAUAUAAAGUCAUUGUAACAAAUAGUCGAUAAAAGUAAUCAUGGAUAGUUGAUAAAUUAAAGUUUCGCUUUGUAGAUGAUUUUAUGUUCAUGGAGCCAUAGUUAUUUUAUGGUGUUUAAAGAGAGUAUUGAGUAUUAUUUUUAGAUACAAAUUAUUAUCAUUAAGAAGUUGCGUGUCGAUUUAAACGUCAUUUAUUUAGACAAUAAGGUUUAUUGGAUGUAUUAGUGCUUGUGUAAAUUUUUUUGAAUAAUAUAUGUGGAAAAAUU